GCCCGAGCCAAUGGCCGGGGACCGCCCCUGGCCCAGCCCCGCGGAAGGAACGGUUUCGGAGUUGUUUCUCUUUAAUAGAGAAGCCCUGCCUCGCUCUGCCUUGGACUCCUUCCUUCUCUCUCUCUAGGGUUAGAGGGAGCCACCCUCCCCUUCCCCUUCUGCAGCUCAGGGAGUGAUUGGUAAGCACCCCACAUCCUCGCAGCAGCAGCAGCAGCAGCAGCAGCAGCAGCAGCAGCAGCGACCAUGAUAAAGCUCGUCCUGGACUGCCUCCUGCUCCUGCCCCUGCUGCUCAUCUUCCUCCUGGAGUCUCUCCUCAAGUCCUUCAUCCCCAAGAAGAGGAAGUCGGUGGCGGGAGAAGUCGUCCUGAUUACGGGAGCCGGCCACGGCAUCGGGAGGCUGACCGCCUAUGAGUUUGCCAAGCUGAAAAGCAAGCUGGUGCUGUGGGACAUCAAUAAGCAUGGCAUUGAGGAAACAGCGGCUGAAUGCAGGAAACUGGGUGCUCAGGCACAUGCCUUUGUGGUAGACUGCAGCAACCGAGAAGAUAUUUACAGCUCGGCGAAGAAGGUGAAGACAGAAGUUGGAGAUGUUAGUAUUCUGGUAAAUAACGCCGGUGUGGUCUAUACAGCCGAUCUGUUUGCUACACAAGACCCUCAAAUUGAAAAGACUUUUGAGGUUAAUGUACUUGCACAUUUCUGGACUACCAAGGCAUUUCUUCCAGCUAUGAUGAGGAAUAAUCAUGGCCACAUUGUCACUGUGGCUUCAGCAGCUGGGCACACUACAGUUCCCUUUUUAAUGGCUUAUUGCUCCAGCAAGUUUGCUGCUGUGGGAUUCCACAGAGCUUUGACUGACGAACUGGCGGCCUUGGGAAGAACUGGAGUCAAAACCUCAUGUCUCUGCCCUAAUUUCAUAAACACCGGCUUCAUCAAAAACCCAAGCACCAGUUUGGGACCCACCCUGGAACCUGAGGAGGUGGUGAGCAAGCUGAUGAAGGGAGUUCUGACUGAGCAGAAGAUGAUUUUUGUUCCAUCUACGGUAAAGCUUUUAACUGUGGUGGAGAGGAUGUUUCCUGAGCGUUUCCUGUCAAUUUUAAAACGGAAGAUCGAUGUUAAGUUUGAUGCAGUUAUUGGAUAUAAAAGUAAAGGAGAAUAAGUGCUUGGUUUUUUGAAAAUUGAUUUAACCAGGUUUAAGUUGAUUUCAUCCAACGUUAAUCAGAAUUUUAAUGUUUGGACUUCUGCUUUUCUUAUCUUUUUUUUUUUUUCAAUAUCACCUUUUGAGGCUCUGGCGGUCCUCAUUUAUUAUCACUGUUUUUAGCUGAAAGCUAAUUUUAUAUAAUACAAAGAGAUAAAUAUCUGAGCAAUUACCUUGUGGGAAAUGGAGGAAAAGAAUAAAAGCAGUUUUACAAUAAUUUCUGGUUGUGUGGCUCAUCUGAAGGCUUUGCAAACUUUGUACUAUAAAUGUUUAAGAUAUAUUUUUAUUUUUAAUUAUACUUAAAUUUUAUAUAAUUCACAUAUUUCUUUUCCCUAUUGUAUAUAAAGUGGAAAUCUCAAGCUCUUUAAAUAUAAUGAAGGACUAUAUCUAGUAGCAUUGCACAAGGAAUUUUUAUGUGAUAUAAGAAAUGUUCAAACAUUUUGUCCUACACAUCACCACUGUUUCUUGAGAAGUACCUCAUAGUUCAGUGACAAACACUUCAGCACAGGGAAACCAGAAGUGGACACAUGUUGCAAAUAAAUAAAAUAAAAUAAAAAACAUCAUUGGGAUUUCAGGGAGAUAAAUGUAAGAAUGUACGCAUAAGUGACAGUAAUAAUAAAUGGAUCAAACUUAAAGUUGUGGUGUUUCCAUCUUUGUGUUUUGAAUAAAACACGGCUUAAUCUUCA